AUGUAUUUUCAUAUCUUUUAUACGUUAGAAUUUUUUCCUCGUUCUUUUCGGUUCUUCCUCCAUAAUUCGUUUUUUCCUCGUUCUAUUUCCUCGUUCUUUCCUCGUUCUUUCCUCGUUAACGUUCUGAUUCGUUCUUUCCUCGUUCUUUUCCUCGUUCUUUCCUAUUUUCCUCGUUCUGUUCUUUUCCAGGUUUUCCUCAACUCCCUCGUUCUUUCCUCGAUUCCUCGACCCUCAAAGGAUUCGUUCUUUCCAGUUAAUUUAGAUUAUUUCCAUUUCGUUCUUUUAUUUCCUCGUUCUUUUUUCCUCGUUCUUUCCUCGUUUCUUUUCUUUCCUCGUUUUUUCCUUAUUUUUCGUUCCUCGUACUUUAUCUCAUAUCCAAAUUCCAUCGUUCUUUCCAUCGUUCUUCCUCGUUCUUUUCAUUUUCUUUCCGUUCAUUUCUUUUCGUUCUUUCCUCGUUCUUUUCGUUCUUUUGUUCUCGUUCUUUCCUCGUUUUUCCUCGUUCUCCUCGUUUCUCGAAUUUUUUCUUUCCUCGUUCUUUCCCUCGUUCGUUCUUUUUCGUUCAAUACCGUAAAUUUAAUGUUCUUUCCACCACUGUUCUUGGCAAUCGUUCUUAAUCGUAUUUAUAUCGUUCUUUCCUCGUUCUUUCCUCGUUCUUUCCUCGUUCUUUCCUCGUUCUUUCCUCGUUCUUUCCUCGUUCUUUCCUCGUUCUUUCCUCGUUCUUUCCUCGUUCUUUCCUCGUUCUUUCCUCGUUCUUUCCUCGUUCUUUCCUCGUUCUUUUUUGAAUAA